AUGCCUAGCAAGUACGACGAUGGAGAGAGUCGGCUAAAUGAAUAUGAAGUAAUAAAAAAAAUUGGGAAUGGGAGAUUUGGGGAGGUAUUUCUUGUGAAACACAAGAGAAGCCAGGAAUUUUUUUGCUGGAAAGCUAUAUCAUAUAGAGGAUUAAAAGAGAGAGAAAAAUCUCAAUUAGUGAUAGAAGUGAAUGUUAUGAGAGAAUUAAAACAUAAGAAUAUAGUUCGAUAUAUUGAUCGGUUUUUAAAUAAAGCGAAUCAAAAAUUAUAUAUUCUUAUGGAAUUUUGUGAUGCGGGAGAUUUAUCAAGAAAUAUACAAAAAUGUUAUAAAAUGUUUGGAAAAAUUGAAGAACAUGCAAUUAUAGAUAUCACAAGACAAUUACUACAUGCUUUAGCUUAUUGUCAUAAUUUAAAAGAUGGACCCAAUGGUGAGAGAGUAUUACAUAGAGAUUUGAAACCACAAAAUAUAUUUUUGUCAACAGGUAUAAGACAUAUUGGAAAAAUAACAGCACAAGCAAACAAUUUAAAUGGGAGACCUAUUGCUAAGAUUGGAGAUUUUGGAUUAAGUAAAAAUAUAGGUAUUGAAAGUAUGGCUCAUUCAUGUGUUGGUACACCAUACUAUUGGUCUCCUGAAUUGUUAUUACAUGAAACUAAGAGUUAUGAUGACAAAAGUGACAUGUGGGCUCUUGGUUGUAUUAUAUAUGAAUUGUGUUCAGGUAAAACUCCUUUUCAUAAGGCGAAUAAUUUCUCUCAACUAAUUUCCGAAUUGAAAAGAGGACCUGAAUUACCCAUUAAAGGAAAAUCAAAAGAGUUAAAUAUUUUGAUUAAAAAUUUACUAAGUUUGUCAGCUAAGGAAAGGCCUAGUGCAUUACAGUGUCUAGGCUAUCAGAUUAUUAAGAAUGUUGGUUCUGUUGGUGGCAUAACUGGUGAUGCUGUGCCUACCGAUAUGACUUGUGAUGUGGUUCCCACUUCUACUUCCACAGUUGGAGGAGGAGGAGGAAGAGGGCUUCACCCGUCUGUAGUAGUUGUUAGAAGGAGAAAUUCAUCGAAAAAUCACGAUGGAGUAGAUAUAGUUAGUACCAUGGAAAAGGGUAAAAAUAUAGAUACGGUUAAUUAUGGUACUGCACAAAGUGCUCUAAUAAAGAAAAGAAAUAGCGAACGCGAGAGGAGAAGUUCUAGCUGUGUGAGUAGACAAAGUCCAAACAUUAUAAGAAGUAAAGAUGAUAGAAAGUGUAACCAAGAUGUACCAACCAAUUCGCAUGUGUAUAGUGAACAUUAUGGAAAUAGGAUCGACAAGGACCAUUUGGAGAAGGUGAGGAUCGAAAAAGAAAAUGCACAACGAAAGGCACUCGAAAUGAAGAUGCUAGAGAAAAAGAGACUUCAGAGGGAGAAAGUGGAAAGGGAGCGUGCUGAACGGAUUGAGCGGGAGAAAAUGGAACGACAGCGAGUGAGUCGAAUGGAAAGGGAGAGAUUGGAACAAGCUGAACGGAUUGAGCGGGAGAAAAUGGAACGACAGCGAGUGAGUCGAAUGGAAAAGGAGAGACUGGAACGAGCUGAACGGAUUGAGAGAGAACAAGCUGAACGGAUUGAGAUAGAACGAGCUGAACGGAUUGAGAGAGAACAAGCUGAACGGAUAGAGAUAGAACGAGCUGAACGGAUUGAGAGAGAACGAGCUGAACGGAUUGAGAGAGAACGAGCUGAACGGAUUGAGCGAGAUAAGCUACAGAAAGGUCGAAGGAACACUUAUUUUAUUAAAGGUAUGGAGGAUGCGAAUAGCAUAGAUAGCCGUGAUGGAAGGAGUAACAGCGGAGUUCGCAUUGGUGGAAUGAACAGUGGAGGGAAACACAUACCGACAAUGCGGAGUACCGAGAUGCACGCACCAGCAUUGCGGAGUACCGAGAUGCACUCACCAGCAUUGCGGAGUACCGAGAUGCACUCACCAGCAUUGCGGAGUACCGAGGUGCACUCACCGGCAAUACACUGCAGUGCGUAUAAUGCACCGUAUAACAACAUACAAAACAGUGUGCGUAACAGAACAAGCGCGUGUAGCAAAGAAAAUUCUAUUAGAAAUGAGAGAUCAGGAUCGAGAACGAAUCAAGGAAGGAAGAAUGAUAAUUUCCCCAGAAUGAAAGAAACGUUUGAACAUGUGAAUAAUUACAAAAGAUAUGUGUAUGAUAAUAGGAGUUCCAACAAGUAUGAAGAAAAUUUAGAAAAAAGUGAUAUAAACACAUACUUGAAAAGGAGUUCCAUGAGUACUACGGCCUCUUGUAGUAACGCUAUACAGACAAGAGGCAACACGGGAAUGAAAGUGAAUAAUGGGCAUGACAAUGAUGAAAAUUAUGGUGUGUAUAAUAACCGCACUGUGAUGGGUAAUCAGCACAGUAUGAACUCGGUGGAGAAUAGAAAAUAUGGAGAUCAUAACAAUUAUAACAUCAGUAAUGUCGCAAGCAAUGUCGCAAGCAAUGUCGCAAGCAAUGUCGCAAGGAAUGCCGGAAGCAAUGCCGGAAGCAAUACCGUCAACAUGAUGAAAAAAACAGUUGACAUUUACAAGGGAACUGCAAAUUCGAUGUGCUCGCCGGGUUCUGAAUAUGAGAGGAUCUAUAACAAUCCCCGUGGAAGAAAUGGUCGUAGUGGUGGUAGCAGUAGUGGGGAAAGAGGAGUAGGGAGAAGCGAUUGUAUUGGAGGCCGAAUUGGUGGAAGCGUGGCCAGAAGCAGAGGUAAUGACAGUGAGAAGGACAGCGUGACUUGCAAAAGUAACAGAAUAUCAAACGUUUACUUCAAUGAUAAUGCAAGAAGAAGUGUGAGUGCCAUGCCACAUAUGAAUAUAAUCAAUACUAGAAAAUCGAACAUGUAUAAUAAUGCUUGUGAUAAUGAAGGCUCAUUUAAUAAAAAAGUUAUUCAUCCCCCGCGGAAUUAUAAACUACUUGAGAAAGACAGAGAAGAAUAUCUUCUUGAAAAGAGGAAGAUAAUUCUAGAAAAAGACAAGGGAGGAGGAGGAGGGACAUAUGACAAAAUUUGUCAUGACAAUGAUUAUAUUUAUACCAUUCCCCAUGGGUAUGAUAGAUGCGAAAACAAGAGGAAACCGAAUGAACAGGACAGGCGAAAUAGAAGCAUCUCCAUGUGUAUAAAUGAGGAUGGGAAACGAAGGGAUUCCUCAUGCAAUAUGAAGAAAGAAUACCAAGAGGAUCAGGAGGGGAUGGAUGAGCAUGAUAAUAGUUACGUCAUUAAAAGGAGGGAUAUGUAUGCCUUGAAAAAUUUUACCCAUAAUGGUCAAGACACGUACGACAGAAAUAGGUACACGUGCAGGUAG